AUGUCGGCAGCAAUUCUUAACCUGGUCGCCAAGCGCGCACUCAAGGACCUCGCUGACAAGAAUACUAAUUCCAAGAAUCCGUAUUUCGAGGAUGUCCCGGUCUAUGGUCGCGAUGGUCGUCCUACUGGCAAAGUCAAGCAACAAAAGAAGAAGAUUCCGGCCGGAAUCUCCGAGCACGAUGGCAAGGUCCUUAAGAAAGUCCGAAGGCGCGCGUAUCGGCUUGACAUGUCGCUGUUCAAUCUGUGCGGCAUCCGAUUCGGUUGGAGCAGUGUUGUGGGAAUAAUCCCUGUGGUUGGCGACUUUAUCGACCUUUUCCUGGCUUGGAACGUCGUCAGAACCUGCGCUCAGAUCGAUGGAGGUCUUCCCUCGUUGAUCCGCACUCGAAUGUUCUUCAACAUCCUGUUCGACUUCGUCAUUGGACUGGUACCUUUCGUCGGAGACAUGGCCGACGCCGUCUAUCGAGCAAAUACGCGUAACGCAUGGGUUCUUGAGGAGUAUCUUGUGAAGAAAGCCGAGGCGGAACAGAAGAGGGUUCCGUCGUCCACUACUGCGGGAAAUCUAGCAUCGCCGACGCGACCGGAACCGGCGAAAACGACAUCGGGCGGCUUUAUGAGCUUCUUUGGCAGAGGCAGGUCUCAGCAGGCUGACGAAGAGUUGGGUAUGGAGCAACUCGGCAGCAGCAGCAACAAUAACCAUAACAACAAUGGUAAAUCCGGCCAGCACCGAAGUGGUUGA